ACAGGGACAAAGGUCAAUAAAAGCAGCACAAAUUGGCAUUGACCAAUUAACUUUCGAGGUUUUAAUCAUCAUAAAUAGAAAUAGAAAUAGAAUAGGAUAAGAGUGUAUUUACUUUAACUAGUUAGCUAGCUCCUCUAUUUAACCAACGAGUUUGAGCAAGAUAACAUAACAAUAUCAGUAGGAGCCAUGAACACGGAAUCAGAACCAAAUGAGAAGAGAGAGAUAGAGAAGGUGGACAAUACGGAAGCAGUAGUCGAUGAAAUUGAUGAUGUUUCGAAGAGAAUCCCACCAUGGACGAAGCAGGUAACAGUGAGGGGAGUCAUUGCUAGCAUUGUGAUUGGUUGCGUUUAUAGCGUCAUAGCCAUGAAACUGAACCUCACAACUGGGCUUACCCCUCACCUGAACGUCUCUGCCGCCCUCCUCGCCUUCAUAUUCAUGCGAGCUUGGACUAAGCUCCUUGGAAAGGCCGGGAUUGUCUCAACUCCGUUCACUCGCCAAGAGAAUACUAUGAUUCAGACAUGUUCAGUUGCUUGUUACACCAUUGCUGUUGGAGGCGGGUUUGGGUCAUAUCUAUUGGCAUUAAACAAGAAAACAUAUGAGCAGACGGGGGUUAACACUGUAGGGAAUUCUCCGGGGAGUUACAAGGAGCCCGGAUUUGGUUGGAUGACGGGAUUCCUUUUCGUUGUUUGUUUCAUUGGUCUUUUUGUUUUGAUUCCUCUCAGAAAGAUCUUGAUAGUGGACUACAAAUUGACGUUUCCAAGCGGGAUGGCGACUGCUGUUCUCAUUAAUGGAUUUCAUAAUCAGGGAGAGAAGAUGGCUAGAAAGCAAGUACGUGGGUUCAUGAAGGUUUUCUCACUGAGUUUCUUGUGGGGUUUUUUCCAAUGGUUCUACUCCGGAAAAGACAUCUGUGGCUUCGCACAGUUCCCUACUUUUGGAUUGCGAGCAUGGAAGAAUACAUUCUACUUUGAUUUUAGCAUGACGUACGUGGGAACAGGAAUGAUAUGUCCACACAUAGUGAACUUGUCAACACUGCUUGGAGCAGUGCUUUCAUGGGGUGUCAUGUGGCCACUUCUUGCUAACUUUAAAGGACUCUGGUUCCCUUCUACUAUUCCCGAAUCCAGCAUGAAAAGCUUGAAUGGCUACAAGGUCUUUCUCUCUAUAGCUCUGCUCCUAGGUGAUGGAAUCUACAAUUUCAUCAAGGUUAUUUGUAUUACAUUCUUAAGUAUCCAUGGCAGAUUGAAACAAAAGAACCUCAAAUCAGCUGCGGAAGAAGAAAGCAGUGUCAAGUCCCUUGACAUUCUGAAACAAAAUGAAGUCUUCAUUAGAGAAAGCAUUCCCUUGUGGGUAGGAGCCAGUGGAUACAUUCUCUUCACCGUCAUCUCAGUAAUCGUUAUUCCUUUCAUAUUCCCUGAGGUUAAAUGGUACUAUGUCAUCAUGUCCUACCUUUUGGCUCCAUCUUUAGCCUUCUGCAAUGCUUAUGGAGCCGGUCUAACUGAUAUCAACAUGAGCUACAAUUACGGUAAGGUGGGUCUCUUUGCACUAGCUGCGUUGGCCGGGAAACAACAUGGUGUUGUGGCAGGGCUUGCCGGGUGUGGACUCAUGAAAUCUGUCAUUUCUGUUUCCUGCAUUCUGAUGCAAGAUUUGAAAACAGGGCAUCUAACUCUGACAUCCCCACGGACAAUGUUGGUGAGCCAGGCCAUUGGCACUGCCAUUGGCUGCGUGGUAUCUCCUCUCUGCUUCUUACUGUUCUACAAGGCUUUUGACGUGGGCAACCCAAACGGUGAAUACAAGGCUCCUUAUGCUGUAAUCUAUAGAAACAUCGCGAUUCUAGGAGUUCAAGGAUUCUCGGCUUUGCCUUACCAUUGCUUGCAACUCUGCUAUGGCUUCUUCGCAUUCGCAGUAGGGAUCAACCUAGUGAAGGACUUUUCCCCUCCGAGGAUUGGGAAAUGGAUGCCUCUACCAAUGGCUAUGGCUGUGCCCUUUUUGGUUGGUGCCUACUUCUCUAUUGAUAUGUGUGUGGGAACUCUGAUUGUGUUUGUGUGGCACAAACUUAACCCUAAGAAGGCUGAGUUGAUGGUUCCAGUAGUUGCCUCUGGUUUGAUAUGCGGCGAAGGUCUCUGGACACUUCCUGCAUCAAUUCUUUCUUUGGCCGGAGUAAAUCCUCCAAUGUGCAUGAAAUUCUUGGCUUCAUAGACAAACCCUCCAUGUUAAUGGAAAUUAGAAGAAUCCUGUAAUUUACAAGAACUCCUACCAUUGCAAUGUCCAAUUUGUAAUGGAAACUUCUUUUUUGUUGUUGCUGAGAUAAUUAGGCUUUUUAGACAUUAGGGAGGUAAUAUGUUAACUAGUCUAUUUUGUCAUUCAGUUCGAUUUCAUAGACAAGCAAUGCCACAAUACAUAAAUAUUAACAAAUUACGAAAACA